CAGCAGCAUUCGUCCCUUACUCCCUUUUCCCUUUUUUUUUUUUUUUUUCAAUUUCUAAUAUAAUAGAAUUAAAAUACAAAAAGGACCCAAAUCCCAAUCUAAAAGGGUAAUGAAAAGUGAAAUCCCCAAUCUCAAACUCCCCACUCGUCUCUCUCAAGUCUCAGCUGAAGCAAAUUUCAUCAUCAAGUUCGGCUCCUGCAUCAACACAACACCAAGCAUCGAUCAAUUUCAAAGUCCAAUGAAGAGAUAUUUCUCUACGGUAUCGUCCAAGUUUCCACAACCAAGUUCAUCCGCUCAAAAUGUUCCUCGUGUGGAAGAAAACUUGAACCAGUUAGAAGAAAAUCAUCAUUCUACUAAAAAACAAAAGCAAGGAGUAGAUUUGGAUUCUCUACCAGCGGAUCCAAAUAAAAGAAUACCCAUUCUGGACUAUCAUCCAGAUGAACGUGAUGAGAUUAGACGAGCAUAUAUCCAAAGGGGUCCUCAUCAACCUCGACUUCCUAGGUUUCCUCAAACAGAUUUUUACGGAUAUAAACGUCGUUUUAAUCGUAAAUGGUAUAAAAAAUACCAUGAUUGGUUGGAGUAUAGUGUGGUAGAAGAUGCUGCUUAUUGUUUGUGUUGUUAUUUAUUUAAAGAUGAAAGCAUUCAUCAAGGUGGAGGCGAAGCAUUUUCAAGUAUAGGGUUCAAGAGUUGGCACAAAAAGAAAAGAUUAGAUACGCACGUUGGUGAGUUGAACAGUGAUCACAACCAGGCAAAGAAGAAGUGUGAAGAUCUAAUGCGACAAGAACAGUCAAUUCAAGUUGCAUUUGUAAAGCCGGAUAAUAAAGCUAAGCUUGAGCACAAAAUUCGUUUAAAGGCUUCAAUUGAGGUGGUGAGACUCCUCUUGAAUCAAGGAUUGGCAUUUCGUGGACAUCGUGAAGAUGAAUCAUCAUUAAACAAAGGUAACUUUCUUGAAAUUCUUUCAUGGUAUGCGAAGCGGUGUGAUAAAAUUAGUGAUCUUGUGUUGAAGAAGGCUCAAAAAACAAUCAGUUGACUUCUCAUAAAAUUCAAAAAGAUAUUAUCACCGCAUGUAAGUUGGAAACAAUUAAAGCUAUUAUGGAGGACCUAAAUGGUGACUAUUUCUCAUUGCUAGUUGACGAAUCUUGUGAUGUGUCACGUAAGGAGCAAAUGGCAAUUGUUUUGCGAUAUGUUGAUAGAUGGGGAUCUGUGGUGGAACGCUUUAUUGGGAUUGUUCAUGUUCGUAAUACUAGUGCUCUAUGUUUAAAAGAAGCAAUUGUUAACUACCUUGCUCAACAUUCUUUGAGUUUAUCUAAUAUACGUGGACAAUGCUAUGAUGGAGCAAGCAAUAUGCAAGGGCGUCUAAGUGGCCUUAAAAUUUUAAUUCAACAGGAAAGUAGAUCAGCUCAUGCGAUUCAUUGUUUUGCUCAUCAA